AUGACAACAGAAAUGCGUUCGACUGAUGAAGAUAUCGAUGAUCAAUUAUAUAAUCGUCAAAGAUAUGUAUUAGGCGAUGAUGCUAUGAAACGUCUAAGAAAGCAUCAUGUAUUGAUUGUUCAUGCUGGUGGUUUAGGUAUUGAAAUAGCUAAAAAUAUUGUUCUAGCUGGUGUACAAAGUGUAACUUUACAAGAUACAAUCAACACAAGUAUACUAGAUUUGGCAACACAAUACUAUUUAAGUGAAGAAAAUAUUGGAAAAAACCGAGCUCAAUGUAGUUUGGAAAAAUUACGUGCAUUAAAUGAUUAUGUUAAAGUCAAUGUUUCCAUACAAUCUCUUUCUGAUUGUUCAAAUGAAUAUUUUAAACAAUUUACUUGUGUCGUUUUAACUGAAUGUAAUCUUGAUGAAAUGAAAAAAAUGAAUGAAUUAUGUCGAGUCAACAAUAUUAUUUUUAUUAUGGCUGAUGUUUAUGGUGUUUUUUCUCGGUGUUUUGUUGAUUGUGGACAAGAUCCAUUUACUGUUUAUGAUAAAGAUGGUGAACAAUUAAAAGAAGUGUUUAUUAAUCAUGUAUCACCAGAAGGAAUUGUUACAGUAGCAGGUGAUGAACGGCAUCCAUUUCAAGAUGGAGAUAUUGUUUUAUUCCGAGAGUUAGUCGGAUUAGAACAUUUGAAUCAAUGCGAACGAAAGAUCAAAGAUAUUAAUAUUCAUCAAUUUUCAAUUGGUGAUAUAUCAUCACUUGGUGGAGAAUAUAAACGAGGUGGAAUUGCACGUGAAGUCAAACAACAAAGUACAAUGGAUUUCAAAAGUUUGAAUGAGCAAAUACAUAAUCCAAAGAUUUUAACUACUGAUGGCUCAGAUUAUUGGACAAAGACUGUUACUGGCGAGAUGCCUGGUUUAGUUUAUAUUCAUGCUAUAAUGUUAGCUAUUAGUGAAUUUAAACAAUUAAAUCAACGAUUACCAGAACCGAAUCAAAUGAAUCAAGAAAAUGACGAAACAACUUUGAGAAACUUAUCUAUAAAUCAUUUAACCGAAUUAACGCCGAAAGAUCAUGUUAUAAAUGAAAAUCACUUUAGUUCUCUUCUCAAAACCUUCGUUUAUUCAGCUAAAGGUGCGUUUGCUCCCAUAUGUUCAGCUAUGGGUGGUUUUGUUGGUCAACAGGUAUUAACAUCGAUAACUGGCAAAUUUACUCCAAUACAACAAUGGCUUUAUCUUGAUGCCUAUGAACUAAUCAAAGAAAUUUCUUUUGAAAAAGAAUAUAAUGCAAUAAAAUCAAUAUCACCAGAUCGAUAUCAAUCACUAAGAUUAUGUAUUGGAGACAGUCUUGUUCAAUGUCUUGCUAGACAACAAUUAUUUAUGGUUGGUUGUGGAGCCAUUGGAUGUGAAUUAUUAAAAUUAUUUGCAUUACUAGGUGUUGGAAGAAGUGGGCAGAUUACAAUAACAGAUCAUGAUCACAUUGAAAAAUCAAAUUUAAAUCGACAAUUCUUAUUUCAUAAACAACAUCUAAAUCAGCCAAAGUCAAUUGUAGCUGCUCAAUCGGCUCGUGAUAUGAAUAAAGAACUUAAUAUUCAAUCGUAUACAUUAAAAGUUGGUGUUGGAUCGAAUGAUUUAUGUUCGGACGCUUUCAUAGGUGGUCAAACAAUUAUUGUUAAUGCACUCGAUAAUAUUGAAGCACGACGUUAUAUGGAUUCACGUUGUAUCACCAAUAAAAAACCAUUAGUUGAAUCAGGAACGAUGGGUUCAAAAGGUCAUACAUUCGUUGUUGUACCUUAUAAAUCAGAAUCCUAUUCAAAUCAAAAUGAUCCAAUUGAUAAAGAUGUUCCAUAUUGUAAUGUUAAAUCAUUUCCAGCUAACAUUGAACAUUGUACAAUAUGGGCAAGAGAAAAAUUUGAAAGUACUUUUUCUAUGAAACCAUCAUUAUAUAAUAGUAUUAUGUCACAAGAAAAUAUUUGGAAUCGAAUUAAUAAUGGUGAAACUAUUGAUGAUUUACCAAAAAUUUAUAAAUUCAUGAAGAGAAAAUGUACCAAUUGGAAUAAUUGCUUAAAUUCAGCACGAGAAAAAUUUGAUAAAUAUUUUUCAAAUAAAGCACGAGAUUUAUUACAUAAAUUUCCUGCAGAUAUGGUCGAUGAUAAAGGAAUACUCUAUUGGAAAUUACCAAAACGAGCACCUACUCCAAUAGAUUUCGAUAUCAAUAAUAAUCUUCAUUAUGAUUUUGUUUUAUCUUGUGCAAAAAUAUUGGCUAAGAUAUAUGCCGUUUCGGUAAAGCACGAGCAAAUAAAUGAUGUUGGUGCAAACAAAAAUAUAAUUUUACAAACAAAAAUUGAACCAUGGCAGCCAAGAAAUAAAGUCAUCAUAACUGAUCCAACAGCUACAAAACCAUUAUUGACCAAACAUGAAGGUGAUAUUAGUGCAGAAGAAUGGAAAUUUGCACAAGAACGAACAAAAGACUUUAAAGCUGCACCUAUCCCAUUUGAAAAAGAUGAUGAUUAUCAAAUAGACUUUAUUGCAACUGCAACAAAUUUAAGAGCUUAUAUGUAUGGCCUUGAGCCAAGUGAUCGUUAUGAAAUAAAACGAAUAGCAGGACGUAUUGUACCCGCUAUUGGAACGACAACAGCAACUGUAUCUGGUCUUAUUAUAAUAGAAUUCGUGAAAUUAUGUUUAAGUCAAAUAAAAGAUCUUCCAUUAGAUGUCUAUAGAAAUUUUUAUAUCAAUAUUGCACUACCAUUUUUAAUCGCUAGUGAACCAUUAGCAUGUUUAACACAAAAAAUUGGAAAGUUUGAUGUUAACAUUUGGUCAAGUUUUGAAAUCAAAGGAAAUCCUGACAUGACUUUGGAAGGUUUCAUUACAGAAGUCGAAAAAAAAUAUGAUAUUAAACCAGUGUUGAUUUCUGAAGGAGUUAAAUCUGUCUAUGCACCUUGGAUGCCGAAAGCUUCAUCACAAUUGAAACGAAAAAUGGAUGAUUUACUUUCACACAAAGCAAAUGUAACUUAUUCGGAUUUAGUUGUUUUACCAGAUGAUAAUGAUAUGGAUGUUCAAACAGAUGGUAACAGCGAAGCUACACCACCACCAAUUCGUUAUUAUUUCAAUAGUUAA